GAAUCUCCCUCUCUCUCUCUUCCCAUCUCUCUCUGUCUCUCUCUAGAGAGAGAACAGAUCGCUGCCCGACCCGGGGGAGAUUGAGCCGCCAUCCAUGGCGAAUUCACUAAAACGCAGCUCUACUGAAACGGAGCUCUCAAAACCGCAUCUUCAAGAAGCUAGGGCUUUGAUUUGGCUGAGCUGAUAAAUUAGGGCUUUUGCUUGGGAUGAUCAGGAUUUUCUUGUUUCUUGAGGUGUAAUUAGUUGGGGGCUUUGAUUCGGUUUGUGCCAGAAGUUGGGGUCUUGAGUUGGUUUAAGAGAGAAUUUAGGGUUUCUGAUUCGGGGUUUUGGUGGAGCUUCAAAAUGGGGGAUGAGACGCCAAAUACGAUGAAUUUGGAUUUGAAUUUGGAUCCAUUUCCGUCUACUGAUGACGAGCUGGGAUCAGAAACAUUGGGCGAAGGGGGUCCCCGGGCUGUGAACUUGGAGGAGUGGAUUGAGGGGCAGCGUGUUCGCUAUAGAGAAGCGGUCAGGCGGGGCACUAGGUAUCGAUGGCGAUCGGUAAGACCGGGUCCAAUUCCACCCGAACCCAGGAGCAUUGCCCUGGACUUGAUGGUAAAUUCUAGCACUGCUGCUGAUGGCGGUUUACAAACUGGGGAGGGCAGUGUCCCGUCCCAGCAAAGAAACAAUGAAGAAACAAAAACUUGCGAGAAUAAUGCGGUCCUUGUGGCCAAUGAGGAAUUAAAAGAGGGAGACGCGGAGAAGCUUGAUGGAGACGGAGGAAGCUUUUUCGAUUGUAAUAUAUGCUUGGACAUGGCUAGGGAUCCUAUUGUGACUUGCUGCGGCCAUCUGUUUUGUUGGUCAUGCAUUUAUCGGUGGCUACAGGUUCAUUCAGAUGCCAAGGAAUGUCCUGUGUGCAAGGGAGAGGUGACAAUUAAGAAUGUGACUCCCAUUUAUGGGCGUGGGAACAGUACCCCUGAGCCAGAGGAGGAUUCAAGUGUCAAGAUCCCUGCUAGGCCCCAAGCGCGCAGGAUUGAGAGCUGGAGACAAACUAUUCAGAGAAAUGCAUUUGCUAUUCCAAUGGAGGAAAUGAUAAGGCGCCUGGGCAGUAGGUUUGAUCUGAGCAGGGAUUUGGUGCAAGUGCAGCCACAGAAUGGUGACGGUGCAGAUGGUUCACCUGAAAGGGCUAACUCACUGCUCAACCAGCUUCUGACUUCUAGGGGAAUGCGGAGAGAACAUAAUGCAGGGGCGUUACCAGAUGACCCAGUUGAGGUUGAAUUAACGCAAGGUGGCCCUACUAACUUGGACAUGGCUGAAAACCGCAGGGUUUCCUCUCUUCUUCGUCGAAGGUCACAUGCACACAGAGCUGCUACAAUCUCAAAUCUAACAUCCGCAUUGAGCUCUAGAGACAGGCUACUCGACACCUUUUUCCGCCACCACCACCAUGUAGAAAGAGAACAAGAGCAGCCUCCACCUGUUGAUGACAGAGAUUCCAUGUCAAGCAUUGCAGCUGUUAUCCACUCUGAGAGUCAGACCUUUGACACUGCAGUUGAAAUAGACUCUACGGUGGCCCUCUCUACUUCAUCAUCCAGAAGGCGGAACGAUGCUUCAAGGGUUUCAGAUGUCGACAGCGGGGAUUCCAGGGCACAUAGGAGGAGGAGAUUCCACUGAUAAGCUCUCUUCCCUGAGUUCUUACUUUGAGAAUCUUGAGAACUUAAUAUUGCAGCCACCUUUAUAAGUGCAAUAUGCAUUACUAUAGCCUUUUCUUUCCUUUAGAAGGUGCUUAAGGUUUUGUUUCAAUAAUCAACUUCCAGAGCUGUUGCAGUUAGCAACGUCUUCACACUUCCUAAGUGGGCCUUCCAGAUCCUGUGGAAAAUCAAAUCUUGUUGUGAAGGAAGGUGGCCUAGUUUAAUUGUUGCCCCUGUAUAUAAAUUCUGGAUGCUGUCUUUAUAGUAACUUUCAGUUCCCUAAAUGGUCUACUGAGUCUGUUAACUGUCAACAUGCAAGUGAAUGAUGAUUGUUGAUUAUUUAUUUUAA